AAUAUCUAUGUUGGCUUUUGAAGUGGCAAAUGAAAUUUUGAGGACAGAAUCUCGUUGUUUCAUUUCGCGUUAUUGAAAUCUGUCCUGGGAGUUUUGAGGCAGAAGUUGGGAAUUCUGAGGGGUUGAGAAGAAGAAGAUACAGCAGGAUCAGGGGAAAAAGGAAUCAUUUCUAAAUGGGGCUGUUUGUAUCCGGUUCAUGUGCGAUCCUACAGGAAGCGGUAUAAAGGAACAAACAAACUGUUCAAUUCUUGAAAUAAAAGGGACAACAUAAGAUGCCAUGCUGAUUUGUUCACUGAUGAAGCGUCUUUGCCAAUACCCUGUUGCUGCUCAAGGGGUUGCUCCUCCAUUUAGUCACUACAUAAGAUGCCAUGUUGAUUUGUUCACUGAUGAAAGCGUCUUUGCGUAUGCCCUAUUGCUGCUCAAGGGGUGUGAAGACAAGUUUGUCUUGAGUUCCAGUGAGAUGGACUUCUUCUCUGAAUAUGGCGAUGCAAAUAGAUAUAAGAUUCAAGAAGUUAUUGGCAAGGGAAAUUACUGGGUUGUUUGCUCAGCCAUCGACACUCAUACUGGUGGAAAGGUAGCGAUAAAGAAAAUACACGAUACCUUUGAGCACAUCUCUGAUGCCACCCGAAUUCUCCGUGAAAUAAAGCUGUUGAGACUUCUCCGGCACCCUGAUAUUGUUGAAGUUAAGAACAUCACGGUACCACCGUCGAGAAGGGAUUUUAAAGAUAUUUAUGUCAUUUUUGAGCUCAUGGAGUCAGAUCUUCACCAAGUCAUCAAAGCUAAUGAUGGCUUAACGAGAGAGCACUACCAGUUCUUUCUUUACCAACUACUUCGUGCUUUAAAGUAUAUCCAUACAGCAAACGUUUAUCAUCGAGAUCUAAAACCGAAAAAUAUAUUGGCAAAUUCAGAUUGUAAGCUCAAAAUAUACGAUUUUGGCUCGGCUAGGGUUGCUUUCAGCGAUACGCCCACCACAAUUUUCUGGACUGACUAUGCUGCCUCAAGAUGGUAUAGAGCUCCAGAGCUAUGUCGAUUGUUUUUCUCUAAGUAUACCCCUGCAGUCGACAUAUGGAGUAUAGGUUGCAUCUUUGCUGAACUUCUAACGGGGAAGCCUCUCUUCCCUGGGAAAAAUGCGGUUCAUCAGCUUGACCUAAUGACCGAUCUUCUCGGAACACCAUCUUUAGAUACCAUUUCACGGGUCCGAAAUGAGAAGGCUAGGAGAUACUUGGCUAGCAUGAGGAAAAAGCAACCUGUUCCAUUCAAGAAGAAGUUUCCAAAUGCAGAUCCUUUAGCUCUCCGACUGCUGGAAAAGCUCCUUGCUUUUGAUCCCAAGGACCGGCCUACUGCUGAAGAGGCAUUAGCUCAUCCAUACUUCGAGGGGCUAGCCAAAGUGGAGAGGGAACCGUCAUGCCAGCCGAUUACAGAAAUGGAAUUCAAGUUCGAGAGACGAGGAGUGAGGAUGGAGGAUAUAAGAGAGCUGAUCUUUCGAGAAAUAUUGGAAUAUCAUCCUCAACUGCUGAUGGACUACAUCAACGGAGCCGAAUAAUUUACCUAAGUUGACAGAGUCAAACUUUCCUUUUACAGCAACAGAAAAUUAAGACGGUGCUCAAGUUAUUCGUGCAGUUGGAGCAGUUAUAAGGGGUGUGCAUGGAUAUCAGGUAUAUCCGGAACUUACCCGUUGGGAUAGUGUCCGGGUAGUUCAUAUUGAAAAUAGAGUAGAAUCCGGGUAUUAAAAUAAGGAACCGAUUAGAACGGGUUCCGGUUCUUACAUUUAGGGUAUUCAGAACUUGAAACGGAACCGAUACCCGAGCCCGAAUAAUAAUUUCUCCCAUUAUAUAUAUAUAAUUUUAUUCAUAUA